UCUCUUCUCUUCUCUUCUCCACAGUCAUACACUCUCAGUCUCUCACUCUUAAAACCACUUUACAGAGAGAGGUUAAGGUCUGUGAAUGUGAACCAGAACAGUUUCUUCUGCAUUUCCACUUCCCGAUCACCUCCAUCGCCACCGCAGAUCAUCCGUUUUUCCAGCAGAUCCAAGCGUUGCUUUGUUUCAAUCUGUUAGGUGAGCUUGAAAUUGAACUGCUCCUCCGAGGUCACAAAUAGUUGUCAAAUUGAAGAUUUUUUCUCAUAUGUAGGGCUCUGCCUGCUUCAUUGCUAUUAUAUGUUGUCUACAACAAUAAAAAGUAUGGGUAUAUUUUGUGGUAAACACCAACAUCGCAAGAAAGCAGAUUCACGAGAGAACACUCACACUGCAGAAAUUGAAAGACGGAUUGUGGAAGAGACGAAGGCAGAGAAACAUAUACAAAAACUUCUACUACUUGGUGCUGGAGAGUCUGGGAAAUCAACUAUUUUUAAGCAGAUCAGGCUUUUGUUUCAAACUGGCUUUGACGAUAAAGAGCUAAAAACCUACACUCCUGUCAUUCAUGCCAACGUGUAUCAGACUAUAAAAAUAUUGUAUGAUGGAUCCAAAGAACUAGCUCAAAAUGGAACUGAUUCUUCAAAAUAUGAUGUAUCUGCUGAGAAUAAGACAAUUGGAGAUAAACUAUCUGAUAUUGGUAGUAAGUUGGAUUACCCACGACUAACAAAAGAGCUUGCAGAGGAAAUAGAAACCUUGUGGAAAGAUGUUGCGAUACAGGAGACAUAUUCUCGUGGCAAUGAACUUCAAGUUCCUGAUUGCACGUACUAUUUUAUGCAAAAUGUACAAAGAAUGUCUGCAACAGAUUACGUUCCAACGAAGGAAGACGUUCUCUAUGCUAGGGUUCGUACAACAGGUGUUGUAGAAAUUCAAUUCAGUCCUGUUGGGGACAAUAAAAAAAGUGGGGAAGUAUAUAGGCUUUUUGACGUUGGGGGGCAGAGAAACGAAAGAAGGAAGUGGAUUCAUCUGUUUGAAGGUGUAACGGCUGUUAUAUUCUGCGCUGCCAUCAGCGAGUAUGACCAGACACUAUUUGAAGAUGAAACAAGGAAUAGGAUGAUGGAGACCAAAGAACUAUUUGAAUGGGUUCUUAAGCAGCCAUGUUUCGAGAAAACAUCUUUCAUGUUGUUCUUAAACAAGUUUGACCUGUUUGAGAAGAAGGUUCCCAAUGUGCCACUGAAUGUUUGCGAAUGGUACAAGGAUUAUCAGCCGGUUUCGACUGGGAAACAAGAAGUUGAGCACGCCUACGAAUUCGUGAAAAAGAAAUUUGAGGAGUUGUAUUUCCAGAGCACAGCUCCAGAUCAGGUUGAUCGGUUCUUCAAAAUUUACAGGACAACUGCCCUCGAUCAAAAGCUCGUGAAGAAGACAUUCAAACUGGUUGACGAAACCUUAAGAAGGAGACAUCUAUUCGAAGCAGGAUUAUUGUGAUUUAUGACGAACAACAAACGCUGAUCUGAAGAAAAGAAAGAUGAAGAAAUGAAUAUUGUCAAUAUCCUAAAGUAAGUUUUACUGAAAUUCUUGAUUCAAUAUCCAUUUGUUUAGAUUUUUAUUUGAGUGCUGGAUUCUCCUUUAUUGGUCUGUUAUUCUCGUUUCUGGGAAAGUAAGAUGAAAUUGAAAUACAGAAAUAUUUGUUGUAUUCUUUAACACUCUAGUACUCCUAUUUGGAAAUACUUUCUGGAUUUGAAUUCGGAUUUAGAUGAGAAAUCAUUAUUAAAA